UGCACUUACAGUAUGUUAUAGAUGGAAAACGUGUUCGACAAUGGAAUCAACUACAACUUCAAUUUCAUCAAAUUCCGAAUUCAAUUGUUCUUUUGGGAUGCUGAAUGGAAAGAUAUUUCAUGGUAUUAACUCCACUCUGAACGGCUACGAUCUUGGUUGUAACGUUACCAUGAAUGCAGACUCUAACGUUACAGUCGAGAUGCCACUACAUGUGGUUCACACGACAUCAGUCCAGGCUGUGGUCGGUCUCUCCUUGCUGUUUUUCAUCAUAGAAAUCGUCGGCAUCGUCGGGAAUAGUCUUGUCGUUAUUGUCGUCCUGUUGGACCGAAAGAUGAGACAAUCUGUCACUAACAUUUUUAUCAUGAAUUUGGCGGUAUCUGAUUGGUUGAUAAUGGUGUUCGGGAUACCGGAAAUCGUCCAAGUGAUGUUAAAUCGAGGUUGGGUGCUUGGACCUGUCCUUUGUAAAUUUAAUCGUUUUGUUCUAGUGGUAUCGCUGUACGCCUCCAUCUUGUCCCUGGUAUCUGUCUGUAUAGAGCGGUUUGUGGCCAUUGUCCAUCCCAUCAAGGCCCAGAUCCUUUGUAACAGACGUAAGAACGCCGUAGCCGUCAUGUUGGUGUGGAUCGUCUCGUUUGCCUGUGGACUUCCCACCGCGGUGUACAACCAAGUCCUACCGCCGGGAUACUGCCAAAUAGUGUUCCCCAACCACAUCCGGGAUAUUCAGAUAUUCAAGUUUACAGAAUUUGCCCUGUUUUAUUUUGUACCUGUGUGUAUACAAAUCACACUUUACGCCGUCAUUGGGAAAAGACUGUAUGCCAGUACGGAUGAACUUAGCACUAAGUUUCAUAUGCGGAAGGAGAACAAUUGUAAAACGGAUCGUGCCGCGGAGACAAUUAAGGCGAGGAAGGGCGUGGUGAAGAUGUUGGUUGCAAGUGUAUUAGUAUAUAUAGUGUGUUACGCCGCCCCGCAGGUGCUCACAUUCUACAAUACUUUUGCUGAUCGGCCGUUUCACAUGAGCUGGUCAUUUGGUGUGUUUACCACGGUAGUAGCGAACAUCAACUCCGCAGCAAAUCCUGUUUUGUAUAGUAUAUUUAGUCAAAAUUUUCGACGAAACUUCAAAAAGUGUUUGUUUUGUUUAUGCUUACGUCACCGCAGGAAGGAAUAUAUCAGAGCGAGAUUCGAUUCUUUUGAGUCACGUGGUCUGUCUAGAAAAGUUAGUACAACGACAAAAACAACAAUAUCAAGGCUUUAAUUUGUAUGCUUAUUUUUUACUGGUAUUUAUCUUUAUCGUGUUUGUUGUAAAAAACUCAUAUAACUUGUGAUGCUGUUUCAGUGCUUUUUCUUUAAAAAAACAACUUUGCAUUCCACGAUCUAAGGACGCCAUUAAUAUUCAUGGUCAUGUUUGUAAAGGGGAUGAAUUGUUUGUCUGAUUACAUUUUAUUUUGUAUUCCGUCUCCGGUCAUACAUUUAGAAUUUCUCUGAUUGUCAUGAAACGCAUUCAUCAUCAUAUCAUCAUUAAUGUCUUACAUUAUACUGGUGUCACCUCUGUCAUUGAUAUCAGAAUGUUACGUUAUAUUGGUGUCACCUCUGUCAUUGAUAUCAGAAUGUUACGUUAUACUGGUGUCACAUCUGUCAUUGAUAUCAGAAUGUUACGUUAUAUUGGUGUCACCUCUGUCAUUGAUAUCAGAAUGUUACGUUAUAUUGGUGUCACCUCUGUCAUUGAUAUCAGAAUGUUACGUUAUAUUGGUGUCACCUCUGUCAUUGAUAUCAGAAUGUUACGUUAUACUGGUGUCACCCCUGUCAUUGAUAUCAGAAUGUUACGUUAUACUGGUGUCACCCCUGUCAUUGAUAUCAGUAUAUUACGUUAUACUGGUGUCACCCCUGUCACUGACAUCAGGAUAUUACGAUACACUGGUGUCACCCCUGUCAUUGAUAUCAAGAUAUUACGAUACACUGGUGUCACCCCUGUCAUUGAUAUCAGGGUGUUACGAUACACUGGUGUCACCCCUGUCACUGAUAUCAGGAUAUUACGAUAUACUGGUGUCACCCCUGUCAUUGAUAUCAAGAUACACUGGUGUCACCCCUGUCAUUGAUAUCAAGAUAUUACGAUACACUGGUGUCACCCCUGUCAUUGAUAUCAGGGUGUUACGAUACACUGAUGUCACCCCCCCCCCUCCGUUUGAUCAACACAGAUAUCAAGAUGUUACGAUACACUGAUGUCACCCCCUCCGUUUGAUCACAGAUAUCAGGAUGUUACGAUAUACUUAUUUCAUCCGUUUUAUCUUGAACUUUACUAAGAAGGAAACUAGUGUAUUGUAGUAUCUGUGUUACCGAUUUUUUUCUACUUAUAGAGAAAUCUCUGAUUGCACUAGUCCUCUCAUCUUUGAACCAGAAAUCAAUAGUCAGCAGGAGAGCUGUUAGCACGCAUAUCAUUAUUCAAAUGACUGAUCUAGCUACUAUCAGUUACGAUUAUGUAAAUGAAACAUGAAAGGUUUCUUUCAUGUACGGUCUAUUAAACAUUAGCAAGAUCGUGUGCAAACGAUUUGUUGCCUUCAAAGUUUCAUUUUGACUUGGUACUGAAUGUAUAAUGAACGUAGACGUAAGAUAACACGAUGUAGAUAUGUCA